CUUUCUACUUCCAUUUCUGAGCCAGUUCUUGCAUUUCUUUUGUAUUGCACCAACCGCAGCUUCUGUGCCUUAAAAAAUUCAGAUUUCGGUUGUGGAUGGACUCGUAAUCGUGUUUUCGAUUCAGCUAUUUGAAACGUCUUUUACUCGAGUGCCUUUAAUUACAAGCUGUUGUGCCUCCGUCCUUCAACUUUGUCUAGUGUUCCGCGAUGAAUCAUUGUUCCGUCUGCUGCAAUGUGUAAUCACGGCUUGCAUUUUUCCGUUAAAAUCUCUUUUGGUGCAGGCCGAAAUUUUUAGAAAUGAUCGUGGUUCCUAAAAGCGUAUUUGGUCGGUGAAAAUUAUAUCUUGUGCGGGUUUCGUGAGUUUUUUGUAAGUUCGCUCUGUUUGUUUACAUGCUCCGUGGAAGAAGCAACUUCAUAGGCAACUCUUCUUACGAUGUAAUUACAGCACUUACGUUUUCCUAAUUGAGUUUGGAUACUUUCACCUUGUCAAGCAUGUAACAUGUAGUAAUUUCGCAGUGCCCUACCGUUUAAAACAGCUGUGUAUCCGAUGAUUUGAUUAUCAGUCCACGAUAUUUUGAUGGUGAUAACGGUUCAGCAUAUUGGAAAUGAAGUGUUCUUGAGUGUUGAUUCCAUCUGCCCUUUGGAUUAAUGAAACGUCCCGUGUUAUUACUUCAUCAAGAUGGAUAAUGCAUAUCACAAGAUGAGCAUGGAGCGGAGCCUGGAGGAGGAGCUGAUUUCCGCCCGGAUGAGCCUCCGCCGACAGACGAUCCGGUGCCAUCAGAUCAUCAGCGCCCUCGUGAAGAAGAUGCAAGACAAAGAGAAAGAGGCGCAAGCGGAGAAGCAGCUCCGCGACCGACAACUCUCGGGUGUCCUACGAUCGCUGUACAACCUCGAGGCCCGGCUCCGGCGGGAGCAGCGGGCGAUACGACAGCAACUCCUCGAGAAGGACAACGUCAUCGCCGAGCAGCAGCGGGAGAUCGAAAGGCUAAAAGCCGGCGGAUCGAGAGAGAAAGUCCCGUGCGGUACCCAACGGAUCAGCGUAGAGUCUCAGACGUCGCCCCUCCCGGCUCCACCCACGGAGCUGAGGCUCGACAACGACACGACCGACGCUAAGAAGUUCUUUGACACGACCGACGCCAAGAAGUUCUUCGACACGAAGCCCGACCUCAUAACUUCCAUCAUAGUCUCGCCGACGAAAAACGACCCGCACGAAGACCACAAGAAGCCCCGCGUGACUUUCGACACGGACUGUAUCUAUUUCCCGAACGACUCGAACAUCAUGGACAACUUCGACUCGUACGAGUUCAACCAAAACUCGCUCGAGUCCUUCGGCAACGCCUCGUCGAGGAGCGACAGCGACGUCGAGUUCAAGAACGAGAUCAACAGCUUCGACCUCAUCAAGAGCAACGUGGAGCCCAACGACUCGAUCGACUCGGGAGACCGGACGAUCGUCCCGGAGUCUCCGGGGAUCCUCGAGCCGCCGACCCCGUUCAAGAUCAGCCAGUCGCCGAGGACCCUCAUCCAAGAGGUGAAAAUCGGGUCGGAGAACGACCGCAUCGACGAGUACUACCAGAACAAUCCAGUCCUCAAGUGCGUCAACCAAAUACUCCUCCGAGACGAAGAAGAUUACCUGGAGGCUAGAGAUAAUCUACAAGAGCAGAGGCAGGCGAGUCAAGAGUCGUUGAAGCCCAGCUCAAGCCCGAGACAGACUCAAAACUCGGAGCCGAUUUUCAAAACUUCACCCUCCUUCAAAUCCAACGAUGAGAAAUUCCUCUACCCGCUUCAGUCGAAACUCUUUACCCCUCCGAGAAUCAUGUCGAACUGCAAGAGUGUGAAACUGCCACCGGCUCUACCGCCGAAACCGCAGUGUCUCCUGAAGAGCAAGCCGAAAAUCUCGUUCAACUCCUCGAUCAGCACGAACCCGUUCAUAACCUCGCCGGAGCCGGGAGGCCAGAAGCUGGCCCAGCCCAUCAGGAUAGAGCACAACGAAAAGAUCAGCUCGGUCUUGGAGGCCAUCAACAACCCCGACUCCCCGUUCCCGAAACCGCCCUCGCCCAACGACGAGCUCUACGUCAUAUCCAACUCGGCGCUCUCCGGCCACGACGACGACUACGUCGACGAGCUGAUGACGUCGCACUACCAGCCCGGGAGCAACGACAACUCGACGAAGGAGGAGCAGCCGUGGGAACAGCUCUGCGCCGAUAAGCUCCUGGAGGAUCUGCAGAACAGCAACGAGAGCAAAUCGGACCUCAUGAACUUGUUACCGAACAUGUACCACUCGCCGAAGAACGACAAGCAGGUGCCGUCCAGCGUGUCCCAGAUGGUGAAGAAGUUCGAGAACAUCACCAAAGUCUCGCCGAAGACGAAGGAGCUCGCCAAAGAGAUGGAUCUGUCGCAGAAUUUCGAGGAGUUCUGUCUGGAGGAUUGCGAUAUGGAGUCGGUGGACAGCAACAAGUCCACGUCGGACAGCUCGCGGAUCUCGGCGGAGGGUGCCGAAGUUUUGGGCAAUCCGCCGGAAGAUGGAACCGGGGGCGCAACCUACGAGAAUUUCCUCGAGGCGACGGGUCUGAGUCAGAAGUCCAUCAUGACCCCGAGUCGGAUGUUCAGCAACCAUAAGCACGUGAUGAAGCCCAAAGAUGUGAAGCAUAGGAAUAAAGUCAACAACGUUAACAAGUCCAACAACGUCGGGCUCUUCCAACGCUGCUCCACGGCCACCUCCAUCAACGGAGGGCCAACGAUUAAAUAUUGGACGGAACCUUUCCUGUAGGAGAGGAAACAUUUUAGGUCGAGUUUCCGCUCAGGAAAUGGCCUGGUUCGGGAAAUCAGAGACCAGAAUUUGUCGUGAUUACGAUCGUUUUAUCUUGAUACGAUUUGCCGCGCAGGAUCCAUUUGAACUGCAUUUUGCAAUUUGGAGCUAUAAAUUCUAACUCAUCUGAAGAAACACUUAUGUGCAUAGGGAAACUAAUGGCACAUAUGUUGUUUUUAAACCGGGCCGAAAUUUAUAGUUCUUAAUUGCAAAAUGUAGUUCAUUUGUGGUUGAACUAGUGUCAUAUAUAUCGGCUGAUUUUAGGCGAAUUUUUGCGGGAGGAUUUUCGGUCGACUUUUUCAACCAGAUCGGCAGGGUUGCCAAGCAAUGGAGAAAAACGCUCUGCUGAAGUCAAGAACUCUUAAAUUCAGUUCAUAGAUGGAUUCUGGCCAACGUUUGCAUCCCUUUUCUCAGCCCACCUCUGGAAGUGGGUCGAGAAUUUUGAAUUUGGUCAUCAAUGCUGCAUGCAUGAAAACCAUAUGUUGUAGGCGCACCAUCGCCCGAAGGGAAUUUUCGUAUUAUUGUCGUGGCAGAAGUUGGCAGUAAGUUAAACACUUUAACCAAAGCCAUUUGCGAAAAUUCAUCUUUUGAGUUUAACAAUAACGAACCCGCUCUAUGCCUAGUUUAAAAGAAGCAUAGGAAAAAACUGGAUUCGAAGAAAUAAAAAUAGGAAAUUUUAUAAGAAAAAAGUAUCGAAUUUUUUCUUGCAAAAAAAAAAAAACCUGUCUUUUUUCGUUCGAUUAUUGCAAUUUUCGACCAAAACCAGUUCUCGGAAUCGAAAAUCGUUGCGCUUAUCAACCACUUGUAUUGCCUCUUUAUUUUUUUCAGUACGACUUAUCGUAAUUUAAAUCAGCGGAUACAAUCUUCAAAGUUUUAUGUGUUUAGUAAAACUGUUCAACCACUCUCACGUGCCUUUGUCUGUGUUCAACUUAAUAAAAAAAUGUAUUGCAUGAAGCACCGAGUGAAAGAGAAUUUCUUACCGCGUUGCUCUUAGCUCUCAUUGGUAAUUUUGUGUUAUUAGCAGCCUCGCUAAACUGGCUUAUUUUCACCAAAACGAAAUUAAUGUGGUCUCUGUUUAUUGGAUGCGCCAUUUUUUUUUUACUUUCAUUCCACUAAAGUGAGACAUUACUGAUCUCUAGUUGAUGAAGUUCUAGUGAGCUUGGAAGGUUUUGUCAACUUCCAUGUUGCCGCCUUCCCUUCCGAGUUGAAACAUUAAGCUAGUACUUCCUUGUGUAGGGAAGUUUUUUUCUUUUUAAUUCAAAUCUAACAUACUUAGGCAGUGAGUCUUACUGAAUUGAAAAUGUUUAUUAGCUUCAUGAAUCUUAAUUUAUUGUAAGGAGCCAUGAGGCCACGACUUUAAGAUUUUUAUCACACCAAAUUCCGUCCAGUUAUUUCAUUAGGUACUUGUGCCUUCACUGUAAUGUCUUUCUAAUGUAUUAUUCAUUUUUUCCUUCUUUCUCCUGUCCAUGUAUUUCAAUUGCAAAGAAAAAAACCUAUUAAUUGUAUAGAGUCAUUCGCCUACUUUGUAACAUUCUGUUCUUUUUAUUCUAAAUUUAGGCAUGAUAUUAAAAAAGUUCUGACAAAGCAGUCAGUUUUGUCUCCCUCUCUCUUAUCACAUUUCCAUCGUCAAAAUUGUCAUGUGAGAAGAGAAGUAAGCGAACAUUCCUAAUUUCUUGAAAUUGCUUGAUUUACAUUCCUAAAAAUCUUACAAAGAUCUGUAUCGUAUAAGUAAGCAGUAUUUUAACUAUUAGUGCGGUUUUUCGUGUAUGGCAUUGUAAAGCUUUAUCGUUUUUUUAUUAGUUUUACGGUUUGACGUGGUUUUCACUCUUGUACCUGGGUAAUUUUAUCGAUUUCUUUACUCAUUCAGUAAUUCAUCCGUACAUUUAUUCAUGUAUUUAGAGUUUUUCGUUUGCUUUUAAUUGUGAUUACGAAUGAGCAUGGAUAUGUGAACUCAACUUCAUAUAGUCAGUAAUUCGUUCAACCGGUUUCUUUUUUGUAGAAUUUUCAAAUCUUGUUUUUAUCAAAUCAGGUAUCGGUCGAGUUUUACCAACACCGCUAUUUUAUUUUACUGUAUAUAUAAAUUGAUCUAUUUUAACGUACUCACUGCACUUAGUUAUUUGAUCACUUUUACCUUUUAUAUGUAAAUGCAGCUUCAAUCCUCAUCGUUUUUAACUCUGAUUACCAGUAGCGAGUGAAUGAUCGAUUAUCGAUGUCUCUCCAUUUGAAGCUAUGGUAAAGAAUCGAUUAUUAAGGUGUUCGUUGCGGACACCUUGCUUAUCGAUCCUUUUGCACAGGUGUAAAUGUCAGAUCAAUCGAUCCAUCGCAAACCACGCCACACCACUGCUGAUUACUAGUUGCCUUACUGACUGAUCGAUACCUUUUUUUAUUCUAAUUUGAUAUGGUGAA